UCAAGAAAUAGUAAACAAAAUACAGCAACAACGAAGCGCCGAACCACACAUCCCUAAUGAAAACCGAAUUAACGUGGCGUAUUUCAUAACCAAAUACUGCAGAUACACUCGGAGCCUGGAUCGAAAGUGCAAGUUAUGCCAUACAAAGCAUGGCAGAGAGACAGGACAAUGAGGUGGAGGAGGCAGGCCAAGUUUACCUGCUGAUGAAGGAAGAGUACCGCAUCUCCAGAAAUGUGCGUCUAGCCUGGUUCCUCUGCAAACUCAAUCAAGUCAUCUGGCCGGCAUCAAAGUCUGAACUGUUAAACUCAGAGAAUGAGCUGGACGUGCUCAGCAUCUUGCCCAAGGGAUGGCUGGCAGAUUCUGCUCCCUCCACCCUCCCUUACCUGCUGGUGCCCUCCACCCGGGUCUCCUUCCUGGCCCGGAGGUACCGCUUCAUCAUCGAACUGGACCUCAGCCCCUCCACUCGCAUCGUGGACGACAGCACAGGGGAGAUGAUCUUCGAUGAAGUCUUCCACGCCCUGUCACGGUGCUUAGCCGGCCUUGUCCGACCCUUCCACGUUCCCGGUACAGAUCUCGUUUUCCAGCCGGAGAUCUUCAUCACCAUCCUCGCGUAUUCCUCCAUCAUCGGGCUCAGUUCACACCAGGUGCUGGUACAGGGUUGUCAGCUGGACCGGACCGACUUGGACCAGUUCCUGCAGCAGAUCUAUCAACAGCUCCGGGCGGUGGAGAACAACAUAGCCGAGGUCCUCCAACUGCAACACGGCCAGUCUUCUGUACCCAGCCCGGGGCUCGUGGGCGAGGUCGUCGUCGAGGAGCAGCCGCAGAAGAAGCAGGGGGUCUCCAUGGUGACGGCCGACGUAGGGCUGGUCAGCAUGGUGCGUCAGGGCAUCCUGGCCCUCCAGCUGCUUCCGCCCAACUCCAGCGCAGGUAUAAUCAUAAUCACGGACGGAGUGACCAGUGUGCCUGACGUAGCCGUGUGCGAGACCCUCCUCAACCAGCUGAAGAGUGGAACCAUCUCCUGCUCCUUUGUGCAGGUGGGCGGAGCCUACUCCUACGACUGCAGCUUCGGGUACAUCCCCAACGUGGAGCUGAUGAAGUUCAUGUCGCUGGCCACGUUUGGCUCCUACAUGUCCAGCUGUCUCGAGCCAGACCCGGCCAGCCAGGACAUGAACACCUACCACAAGGCCUUCCUCACCUACUCCUUCCUGAAAACCAACGAGUCCAUGAACCCAGAGUACUACUGCAUGUCCGACCACAAGCUCUUUAACGAGCACCUGGUGUCAGCCAAUGGGAACCCGGCGCUGGUGAUGCGCAGGAAGAAGCACACGGAGAAGGAAGUGCACGCCCACCUGGUCAGCGUGGUGUCCGUCCGGCUCCGAGAGGGCUACACCAUCCGAGAAAUCAACCUCACCAAAGGUGGCGCUCAGCUGGAGGUGAAGCUGGUUCUCCUGUGGAAGCACAACAUGCGCAUCGAGUACCUGGCCGUCGCCUCCUGGCCCCUGGACCCGGCCAAGCGCACCACCCGGGUGGAGGUGACCAUGGAGGGCAGCUACGACAUCCUGCACGACAUCAGCUGCACCCAGAGGAAGCCCAUCACCAGCCCGUACCGCACCGCCGUCAUCCGGCGCUUCUGGAACACUCUGCAGAGCAUCAACCAGACCGACCAAAUGCUGGUCCACCUGCAGUCGUUCAACACCCUCCCCGAGAACUACACCAUCCCCGAGAGCACCAAGAACGGGGUCCCCCUCUUCUACAUCCCCCCCGGGUCCACCACCCCCGUGCUCUCUCUGCAGCACGGUGGCUCCAAGGACUCCUCCCAGUCCCAGUUCGCCUCCUACUGGAAGCCCAUCCUCUCCAUGGACGCCAACUUCUGGCAGAGAUGGCUGCACAUGCACCGCAUCGCCAUCAUCCUGGAGCAUGACAUGCCUGUACCCAAGCACCUCCACACAGCUGGGAGUAACGGGCGCUUCAGCACCAUCCAGUGCCGCAUCUCCCACUCCGCCCUGACCUCCCUGCUGAGAGACUGGAGCAGCUUUGUGCUGGUCGAGGGCUACUCCUACGUCAAGCUCAUAUACAGUGGCUCCGAGCAACCGCCCAACUCCUUCUACCUGGUGCGUCUCAUAUCCAAAGCCCCCUGCAUGGUGCUGCGUCUGGGGUUCCCCAUCGGCACGCUGGCCCACACCAGGAACAAGAUCGUGGACGAUCUCCGGGAGCAGAUCCUGAAGCUGCGCUUCCCCCACCGCGUCCAGAGCAAGGAGGCCACGCCCAGGACCAAGAGGAAGAUCCUGGGCCACCCGUCGCCCUCCAAGUCGCCUCCUCUUCCCGCCCCCAAGCCCGCCCUGUCCGACCGGCCGUGCGUGGUGGUCCUCAACAAGCCCCUGGAGAAGCUGCUCAUUCGGUACGAGAAGCUCCCCUCCGAUUUCCGCACCCCCUUCAUCCUCAACAUGGAGAACUUCACCCAGCCCGCCAGCAUGUCGGCCCCCCUCAGCGUGGCGGCCAACCGCACCGCCUCGUCCACCCUGGCCUCGCUCUCCCGCUACUUCCUGCACCGCCGCUGGGUGUGGACGGUCCAGAACGCCCCCGGGGCGGCCGUCCACCAGCAGGCCGUGGCUCACAUCCUGUCCAUGCUUUCCGAGAUCCGUCUGUCGGAUGGCUUUCACUUCGCUGCCAGCGGGGAGGGCAUUGUCAACAUGGUGAUGGAGCUGCCAAUGAAGGACGUGCCCUUAGCCGAGGAAAGAGGCAGUCCCACCUGUAUUGUACAGUACAUACUCUUCCCCCCUCACUCUACCUCGACCAAAGACAGCUUCUCCACCGACGACGACAACGACACGGAGGUGGAGGCCAUCGACGCCGACACGGAGCUCAACCUGGUGACGGAGUGCUGGGUGGAGCCGCAGAGCGGCACGGUGAUGAGCGGCCUGGACCAACACAGGCACUUCAAGGGCCUGGCCUUCCAGGAGAUCCCCCAAGCGAUCUUUCCCCGGGACUUGACCUGCAUGUCCACCAUGCUGACCUUUGAGUACCUCAGUCAGCUCUGCCAGAACAAGGAGCAGGUUUACCCCAGCCCCGUGGCCAAAGACCUGGGAGGAGAAAGCCCCGCCCUGGACGACUGCAUCCACACAGUGCCCUUUCAGUUCGACCUCAUCCAGCUGCUUCCAAAGUGCCAGCAGAUCGAAAUCUUCUUCCUCACCCUCGGCAAAGUGGAGGGGGUAGAGGAGCACCAGGACGCCCCCUGCCUGCCUAACGAGCUGCUGCUGGGCCUGUUCCACGGCAGCCUGCAACAGGAGCUGAGCGACAGGGAGAUCCCCCUGGCUGACGGCGACCACGCCGCCUUCAUGCACCACAUCCUCCGGCGGGAGCGGGAAGGCCACGUCGCCCCUUUCUCUCUCCCCGUCCUCAAGGAGGAGUGGCUGAGUCCUCCGGACAGGCAGGAUCUGGGGACGUCUCUCCACACUGUGGGUAGCAGCAAGGAGGUCACGGGCUCCACUAGCACCUUACAGAGCUUCAGUAACGCCGACCUGGUGGACGAGGAGCCAGACCCAGGCCACAGAGACUACUCCACGCCUCAGUGGAAAUGCUACGCCAAGUACAACAGCUCCCAGCAGAUCCUCCUCACCUUCCUCCCCGCCACCUUCACCGACGUGCUGAUGUUGAUAUCCUCUGGCCUGGACUCGGAGCUUCAUGGUGGCGCCGUGCCGGAGGACGACGCCAUCACGCCCAGCCACAAGCCGCAGGCCGACGGUCUCCCGGGCUCCACCGACGGGCUGGAGAGGGGCGAAGACGGGCCCGGGAGGGGCUCCGGCGGCGGGGCCGCGUCGCCCCCGCUCUCCCCCGGGUCAGACGGCCCGGCGAGGAGCCCCGGCGAGAGCUCCAGGGAGGAGCAGGGCAGCUGGGAGACCGGGGACCCGGAGAUCGAGAACGGGUCUGCGGGUACAGUGUUGGAGGAGAGGGAUGGGGUGCUGUUCUUUGAGCCCCACAAGAGGGACUUCCACAUCACCUUCGGCAGGCAGAGCUCGGGUGACCCCGCCCGGCCGCGCUGCCCCGUCUACGUGUACAACUGCUCCCUGGACUCCCUGAAGGAGCAGCUCGUGCACCCCCUCUCCAACCGCCAGCCCCGAGACAUCUUCUUCAGACCUCAAGAUGCUGACUCCUGGGCGAUGUAUCAGCAGAUGAAGUUCAGGCCUCUCUCCCAGGAGCGCAACAGCACCUCCUCCUGUACAGACGUGACCUCCCAGGCCCACAAGCACAAGGAGCUGGCCAGCUACUGCAGCCUGCUCCAGGAACACUACCACCAGAACUACGUCAGAGGUGUGUACCGCAGCCUGCAGCAGUCCUAUGGCAUCAGCUCCCAGGACGUCCUCACCGCCAUGGACUACUGCGAGGAGUCCCUCCAGGAGAUCGACAUCACGGCCUUCCUGCAGACCCUGUGCGGCCACGUCCGGGUGUUCCGGGAGCGUCACCAACCCCCGGGAGCGAGUGGCGGCGCCCCGAGGCACGCCAGCAGCCCCGCCACCUUCGUCCUCGGGGAGGCCGAGGAGGAGGGGAACGACAGCGCCGCCCUCGCCUCCUCGUCCAGUAUUGAGAUGGAGGACGUCAGUGAGGCUGAGUCCAGGGGAAGGGCCUCCGCCCCGGCCUCCCCUCUGGCCCGGGACCAGCCCAGGACUCCCCGCAUCCCAGAGUUCCCUCUGUCUCUCCUGCAAGCGCAGGAGAAGUGUGAGGUGUACCCGGACCUGCACAAAAUCAUCCAGGACAAAUUCAUGGAGAUCGGAGCUCAGUUUUUCAAGACGGUGCCUUCCAACCCACACUACUUCUACUACUGCCCGCCGUCGUCGAAAAAAGAGGAGGAUUCAGAUGGAGAGGAGGAGAGGAGACCCAGUGAGGAGGUGGUGUCGGAGGCAGAGCCCGCCACUGAGGACGAGAACGUGUCGGGCUGCUGCAUCGUGACGGAGAGCGACACCGACCUGGAGGUGGAGUACGAGGAGCGGGCGGGCGGGCGCUCGCUGGCGGGGCGGGACGACGAGGAGUCCGCCUCCGACUCGGACACGGUGAACCAGGACGAGGACUCCUUCAGCGUCCUGGACGGCGACUCCCUGCUGGAGGCCGAGGGCGGGGGGCCCCAGCCAGAGAUGCCCCCCCUGUUCGUCCACCUCACCUGCUCCGUCAACAUGAAGAGCUGCCACGGCUCCAGGCCUAUGCAGACCCUGCCCACCUGCCUGGGCGAGGUCAUCGCCUGCCUGGAGAACGCCGAGUCGCUCCAGACGGUGGACCUGAACGAGCUCUCCGUCACCCUGGACAUCUUCGUCCUGACCCUGCCGCUGGAGAUCGAGUCCAUGGCCUCGGACUUCCACCACAACAGGUACACGUCGGAGAGCAGCGUGUCGCUCAACCGCUCGCCGGGACAGCCCUCGUCCUACCGCUCCGACGAGGAGCUGAUGGGGACCCUGGACGGCCUGAGGGGGGGUCGGCGUGGGACGGGUGAGUGUGGGGGGAGAGGGGAAGGGGUCUCUGGGGGUCCCCUGGCCAAGCUGCCCGUCCCCCACAAACUAGCCGUGCUGGCCACCAUGGACGAGAUCCGCUGGCUUCUGGAGGACGAGAUCGUGUCGGCGCUGCGCCACUCGCGGCUCAUCGGCGCCGACACGCUGCAGAAGGUGGCGAGCCACGUGUUCCGCUCGGGCGGCCGGCCACGCUGCCACUGCGAGGUCGUGCCCCUGCAGUUCGUCUUCGGGCCCGAGCAGUCCCUGGAGAAGUUCAAAGAGGAGUUCCGCAGGAUGUCUUUCCCGGGCUACCUGAUCAACGGCGAGCAGGACAACUUCCACUACGUGUCCCUCAGCCGGCUGCACCCCCGCCGGAUCCAGGCCGCCCGGCGCCUCUCCGAGAGGCAGCCCGGGGGCGGGGGCCUACCUGCCGCCACCCGCCAAUCCCUGCCCCGGCGGGGAGGACGGCGGCGCCAGGGCUCCGGCCAAUCACGGCGCGCCCGGGAAAGGGCCGGAAGGGGAGGCGGAUGUGGAGAAGACGGAGACGACAGUGAGGCGCAGGGAGAGGACAAGCAGCCGGCUGGACCCGGCUCCGGAGACACCGGCGCGGACCCGGAGCCCGGGGACCCGACCAGGGCCGACCAGGAGGAUGGCCGACCCCCCCAGGGCGCGGCCGGAGCCGCGGGGGACAGGAGCCAGGCCGGCGCCGCCCCCCACCUCCAGCCCGGCGGCAGCACGGAGAGGCCCCCGCCCGAACACACCUCGCCCCCCAAGACCCCCUCCGCCGUCAGCCUGGCCGAGUCGCUGCAGUCCACCACCCACAGCAGCGGGAGGCUGCGGCCCAGUCGACACCAGAGUGUGGUCUCCAGUCAGGGCAGCAUGGACUCCGACAUGCUAGGCUACGACGGCGGCAGCAGCGACUCGGAGUGCGAGAGCCCCACCCCGGACGAGCAGGACUCCCUGAGUCCUCUCAUCCAGGUAGAGCCGGCGAUCAAUCACGCCGCACGCAUGCCACUGCUCGCUAAUGGUAUCGCCUGCAUUGCCCUGUCAUUUGUGGACUCCCAAGGUCGCCCCCUUCAGGUGCCCGCCCAGGAUUGCACCACGGCACUGCGGGGGGACGUUUCCACCAUCCCCUUCGAACCCGACCAGUUUGAUGCCCUCACAACCGUUGUCAAGGUGGAGUCCAACAACCUGAGCUCAGGGCCGCAGACGCGCGUUCGUUUCGACAUCUGGGAGCAGGGCAACGUCAGCCCGCUGCAACUGACGGACAAGCUGCGCGGGGCGCUGCGCCACGCCCUCUGUGACGUCGUCAUGGAGACGAGGGUCCUGCCCCACCCCCUGUGCCUGGAGGUGUUCUGCGCCACGUCGGGCGUCCCCAAAGAGGAGACCAACGGCGUCCCCGCCCCUCCGCCCGAGGCGAAGGACAGUCCCAGGCGACGCAGCGGCUCGCGGAGCGUCCGGAACAGUCCGGCCCCCAUCACCCUGGCCCCCGUACCGGUGAACACCGCCCCCACCACGGGACCCAGCACCCCCGAGUCCACCACGCCCACCGGCAAGACCACACGCCGCAGCUUCUGGGAAAUACUGAGCAAGCCGGAACCUUCCGAACUCGGGAGCCCCAAAACCACGGACGACAUUGUCCAGGAGCGAGGAGAGGAGGGGCGGGCGGCGCGCAGGAGGCACAAGACGGAGAGCGUGAAGCAGCAGUGGAGCCAGGAGAGGGCCGUGGCCGUGGAGCUGGAGCAGGCCCAGAGGAGACAUGUAUCUCAGCUGGAGGAAGGGGACCUUGGGACUCUGAACCCCCUGUACCAGGUCACCUGUCAGCCCUGGAUCGCCUUCAUGACCAGACUUGGAUGCCCCUCCAUUCAGCAGUGCACCGCCGAAAUUGCCUCCCAAUUCCUGCUGCCUUCCAUCCUGACGGAGAUUGUCAAUUUGGUCACUUCCCUGGCCAAUGACACCACGGUGAAGGUGUUUGAGAAGACGAGCUUCCCCCAGGGAGACGUGUUCGUCCCCUCGCCUCACAUCCAACACCUCAGCCAGCCGCCCGCCUCCUCGCGAAGCUUCAUCCUCAUUGGACGGAACUUCCACCAAUGGCACUGCAGCACCGAACAAGAAGACAGUUCAGAUGAGGAAAACAUCGCUGUGCUUAGUAGGUUCACACCCCACAAAGGUUUCCAGCGCUUCGAGGCCCUGGAGCAGAGCGAGUGGCUGGGCCCCGGGCCGGCCUGCCGAGGGACGGCCCCCCGCCAGAGGUUCCUUCUCAUCCACAUCCUGGACAAGACGGUGACUCUGCACACCUAUAACUGGUCGGUGGACCUGGGGGCGUGCCUGAACCGGGGCCUGGCGCGCCUGGUGCAGUGGCAGAACGCCCGGGCGCACGUGGUGCACUGCCUGCUCAACCAGAAGAUGGGCCUCUUUCACCACUGCUGCUUCUCCGACCCGCCGGCGCACGACGAUCCCAAGCAGGAGCCCAACCCUUUCCUGAACGCCACCACGGAGCCCGACGCCCUGCUGAAGAGCCCCCAGCCCCCCGUCCCCAGCAAGGAGCAGGGCCGCCUGGGCUCCUCCUCCGCCCGCAUCCUGGCCCCCCUGCACUUCCCCCCGGAGCUGGUCCCGUUCGACGAGGCCCUGAGGGACGUGGGAGCGUGCCGGCCCCUGGCCGCCGCCCAGGACGUGGCGGACCUGGUCGCCCGGCACGGCGUCCAGCUCCUGGAGGUCAAGGCAGCCGAGAGGAGAGAAAUGGAGAAACAGAUGAAGAUUGAGAACCUGUUUGUGACUUGGCAACAGAGGUCAGCGCAGUCCAACAUGCCCAUUUCGGCGGGCGACCUGGACACCCUGAAGCAGUCGUCCAGGCUGGUGCACUACUGCGCCACGCCCCUCCUGUUCGACCCCGUCCUCCGCAAGCAGCUGCAGGAGGAGCAGACCACGCUGCCUCCCCAGGUCAAGAAGCGCCACCGCUCCAGCGACUCGACGGCGUCGGGCCGCGACCGCAGCUACAGCACGGACUCGGCCGAGGCGCCGGCCGGCCGCCUGAAGGAGGAGCCCUGGCUGCAGGACAUCUCCAGCACCUUCCUGCAGCAGUACGUCCAGUACCUGCAGAGCAUGGGCUUCAUCCUGGUGCAGGUGCGCCCGCAGUCGCCCACCCGCAGUGCUGCCCGGGCCCGCGCCGCCCUCUUCAGCUCUCUGUCGUCGGAGGGCCGGCAGUCGUUCUCCUACAACAAGCAGAGGAGCGAGGACAGCCCUAAGACCAUGGCGUCGGGCAACACCGUGUUCCACCUCCAAAGGGCGCUGCCCGGGGGCAUCGUGCUGAUGGAGCUGGCCUUCCAGGGUUGUUACUUCUGUGUGAAGCAGUACGCUCUGGAGUGUUUGCGUAUCCCCAUAGGACAAACGGUCAACUCCCAGGGCACCCUCCUCACCAAACCCCGUUGCAAGCCGUACCCAGAAGCCCCACCGGUCUCUGACUCUGCGCUCUCCAUGCUCUUCACCGAGGAGUGCGACAAGGUGCGCGACCUGAUGCACGUGCACUCCUUCAGCUACGACUUCCACCUGCGCGUGGUCCACCAGUACCUGGUGGGCUGCCACAUGACCCUGCGCCAGGGCUACCAGCUCACCGGCUUCCUGGAGGACUUCAUCGCCCACCACCCGGACAUCCCCAAGUUCGGGCGCAACCACGUCUUCCAGGGAAGCUUCUCCGUCUCCACGGGGAUGAUCACGGCCCACCAGCUGUACAACUACAUCACGGACCACGCCGGCACCUACGGCAUGAAGCCGCUGCGCAUGUCCAAGGCGGCCGCCCCGUCCGACGGCAAGAAGGGGGCGCCGAGCGCCGACUUCCACGAGUACGCCCUGGUGGCCCUGUGGAACAGCUCCGGCUCCUACAAGGAUCUGGAAGGCCUCCGUCACCAUGACGACUUUGAUGUGUCCCUGCUGGUGUGCCACAACGCCGCUCCGUUCGAGGAGCAGUCGGAGGGCGAGAGACAUUUGCUGAGGCUGCGUUACUACGUGAUCAUGACCAGCCAGAGAGAGCUGUUUCCCAGGCUGACGGCAGACAUGCGCCGCUUCAAGAAGCUUCCGCAGAUCUACCGCGACCCCGCCGACCCGGGGGGCCGGACGCCCCUCGACCGGGCCGACGCGGGCGGGGCCUGCGACCCCGAGCCCGACCUCUGGGAGGAGACGACCGCCUCCGCCGCCUCCAUGGCCUCCCCCGCCUCCACCCCCGGCGACGGCAACGAGUUCUACCCCCUGGUGGGCUCCGCCGGGUCCGGCUCCGGAUCCGAGGCCCAGGGCCUGCUCUACCCCUCCCCCCUGUUCCCCCUGCUCAACUGCGAGGUGGCCACGGCCCGGCGCCACAUCCAGACCAGCGUGGAGCAGGCCAUGGGCCACUGCCGCCGGGACAACCUGUGGAGGAGGCUGUUCCACGGGGAGCACCUGGCCCUGGACAAGCUGAAGCUGAGCAAGCUGUCCUUCUCGGAGCUGGAGGAGCUGCUGAACGCCGUGCAGAGCCGCUCCGUGGGCGAGAUCGACCCCCAGCUGGACUGCUUCUUGACCAUGAGCCCCAGCUGGUACCAGAGUCUCAUCAAGGUCCUGCUCUCCCGCUUCCCCCAAAGCUGCCGCCACUUCGACGACAACAGCAUCCAAUAUCUGGCGGUUUUAAACCAGAAGUUCACUGACUGCUUUGUCUUGGUUUUUCUCGACACCCAGGCAGGAAAAACUAGCUUCAAAGUUGUUUUCAGGGAACCGUUGCCAUCCCAACAGCAGCCUAGCAACAGCCCCCCGCCCCAGCUGGUGUCGAUGUACCACCACUUGGAGUCUGUGAUCAACACGGCCUGCUACAACCUGUGGACCGGCCUGCUGUGAGGAGAGGGAGGGACCAACCCAAGAAUCCGGACGCGUCAUUGGUCGGCCAAGUCGGUUCAUUGAAGCGAGUAGCCUAUCUGCUUGGACGAAAAAGCGCGACACCUGCCCGGGAGCCGAGACCGGUCACGUACGGGUUUACCCUUUCUCCCUCUCCUCGAUCGGCACACCGAGAAGAGGAGGCGGUGUACACGCACGCGAAUAGACUCACUGUCUCUGCCAUGUCCCCCUGCGCCUCAAAACCCCCCAAGUACUUGAAGGAUCCCUCUCCGCCUUCUUUCGAAAGGGUCGGGCCCACUUCUGCCGGCGGCGGGCGACGCGGCCCAUCCGCGGGCCAAUCGGUGUUUACCCGACGAGGCGGCACUUCACCGACUAUCGGGACUCAGGUGGACACUACCUCACAGGGAAAGGGAGAGCUCUGACGACGUGCACUGGACAUUUUAUUUAUGCAACGCUCCCCUUUGAAUGACCAACUGUCUGCGCCCCGGCACUGACCUCUGAAGGGGGGGGGGGGGGGGGAUUUGUGCUAUUGCAGAAAAGGGGAAGGUUUUAUCUGUGUGUGUGUUCUCCCCUUCAGAGCCUUACUACUUUUAUCAUGACGCCGUUUUGAAGUUCCUCUCGAAGCAUUCUGCUACUUAAAAUGAGGUGCGUCUGCGGUUCAGCCAUGUGUGGAUCUCACAGUACAGAAUCGGCAGGGUGCAGCCCUGGGAGAGUAAUGUAUGUAAACGGAGGGUUUGUUUGUGAUUUGCUUUUUCGACCUUAUCAGAUUGAAACACAGGAAAUGUGAAUGGAUUGUGUCGGCGCCCUCGCCCCUCGCCUAUCCCCCCCCCCCCUGCACAUGCCACAGCGCAGGACACGAUCCAGGCUUUCGCAGGUGACAACCGUUUUUCUUUUUGAGUCGUUUCCGACGCGUCUUUGACGUGCCACUGGAAGUCCACCCCACUGCCAUCCUCUUCAUACAGAAAGUGCCUUUGUUUUUCGGGGGGGGGGGGUUCUUAACAAUGCUCUGAUUUCAAGAGAUGUGUUACGAAUGCAUCCUACCUACGCAAUUUUGUUUCAUUCUGUUUGGGUUCUCGUUGACGGUGUGGCUGGUGCCCUGGCCUCAGUUUACGAAGAGGUGAGGUUGUAAGCCAGCGUGUCAAGUUUAAUAAAAGGUUCACUUAGUUUCAUCA